AUGAGCCGCACCAACCCCCCCAACUCCUUCUUCGCCACCAAAGCCCUCUCCCUCCGCUCCAACGCCCUCAGCGGCCGCAGCAGCCCCUCCUCCUCCCUCCACAGCGCCCCCGGCGGCGUCGCAACCUUCAUCAGCUCGCGCAACCACCGCCCCCCGCCCUUCCAGCAGCGCCGCCACCCCACCGACCCCGGCUCCUCGGACGAACCCGACGAGAGCGGCGGCGUCGGCGUCGGCGUGGGCGUCGGCAUCGGCACCACACCGCACUACCGCCGCUACGAAUCCGACGAGGAGGAAGAAGACGACGACGAGGACACUUCCAGCUCCGUCCCGCCCGCGCCCGAGGAGGACGAGACCUACGACGACACCCGCUCGCGCGCGUCCACGCCGCGCCAGCGCCCGUCGUUCCCGCAGGCGCAGACCCAGGCGCAGAGGGCGGUGCGCAUCCCGGACUUUCAGCAGAUGUUUGGCGCGCGCGACGAGGACGACGUGUUUGACGACAAGACGCCGAGCUUUGACGACACGGUGGCAUCCCAGCAGCCGCAGCCGCCGGGGGGCGGCGGGAGGAUGGAGCAUAUGAGGUUGCCGGUGCCGAUGGGGGACGCGCCGGCGCCGUGGGGGAAGAGGGAGGGGAGUGAGGAGGUAGUGGAGAUUAAGCCCGAGGCCUUCUUGACGCAGCAGCAGCUACAGCAGCAGCAACAACAGGGGAGGAGCGGGUUUGAGAAGGUGACGAAUACGGAGAUGCGGCUGGAGGUUGCGGCGUAUGAUGAUGAUGAGGAGGAGGAGGUACGCGGGGGGCACGGGGGGCACGGGAAACGGGCGCCGCCGCCGGUGGCGAGUGAGUCGGAGUAUCGGCACGAAACGGAGGACUCGUACGCUGCGAAGCAGGGCCGCGAGGAAGACGACGAGGAGGAGGACGAAUACUACAUGAACGAGAACGACUACACCGACGAGGACGGCAGCGACUACGACGAGCGCGAGCUGCAGCGGAAGGCGGGCCCGGGGCUGUGGAGUGAUGCGAGCCCGACUAUGUCUACUAGUCGGGGCUGGUCACGGUCGGGAACUAGCAGGAGUAAGGGGUCGCCGGAGAACGUGCCGCCGCAGAGGAAGAGUGAGGAGCUAAGGUAUAGUGGGGGUGGGGGUGGGGGGAAGGGGAAGGGGAAGUCGAGAGAGAGAGAGCGGAAGGACCAGAAUUAUGGCGCGCAGAGACUUGACUUCCGCCCCCCAAAGCCCACCGUCCUCCCCCUCGCCGUCCGGCGCCCCGUCAGCGACCCCGCCCUCGACCUCCAACUGAGCCCCCGCACCCGCAACCUCUCCAUCCAAUCUGCCGUCAUAAACACCGAGAUCGCCGUCAUCCCCGAACGCAAGUCCAAGUCCAAGUCCAAAGACGAACAGCCACGGCGCAUGAUCACAACCUCCACAACCGACAUCGACCUCCACAACCUCCUCCCCCCCACCGAGCUCUCCACAAUCCGCACCUUCCCCGACCUCCUCACCCACCUCUCCACGCUGCGCUCCAAAUCCCACACCACCAUCCCCGCCACGCAGCUGCCCGGCGAGAUCGACGAGCUGGCGCGCUCCUACUACCCGCACGACCCGCGCGUGCCCGAGCGCUUCUUCAACAGCCUGGACGACCGCCAGCAUGCCGCGGCCGGCGAGUAUAUAUUGGGGAGGAAGAGGGAGAUGGAGAAGCAGCUGGAGGGCGUGGUGGCGAAGAGGAGGAGGGUGGUGGAGGGGAUGGUGGCGGAGGUGGCGGCGGUGGCAGAGGUGAGGGUGGGGAAGUUGGGGAGGACGGAGGAGAGGAGGGAGGUGCUGAAGGGGGGGGUGGGGAGGAUGUUGAGGGAGGCGGGGUUGUGGUUGUAG